GUUGUGUUUGUUUUGUUUCACCAAAGCCAAAGAAGUGAAGAGAGAGAGAAAGAGAAGGAUCAUUCUAGAUACAUAUUGAGACAGAGAGAAAUCUUCAGUAGAUAUUAGUGGUGGGGGUGUGGGUUGGGGUUUCAAGAGAGGAGACAUGCUUAACUUGAACCCAACACUUCAAGUACUUGCUUCUUCAUACCUUACCAGAUCCCAAAGGUCAUGAUCUAAAUUUUAUGUAAUGACUAUAUUGAAGGUUACAUGAAGCCAUUUCUCUGUUUGAAUCUUUCUGAUACCGAGUUCAAUUGUUCACAAGUUGAUUGUAAUCACUCAAUGGCUCAUGCUUCUUAUCCUUAUGGAGAUCCAUUUUUCAGUUAUGGACCACAGUUUACUAGUCAACCCCAAAUUUUACCCCAGAUGCUUGGACUUUCAUCGGCCAGAGUAGCAUUACCACUUGAUCUUACAGAAGAUGGACCAAUUUACGUGAAUGCGAAACAAUACCAUGGUAUACUGAGAAGGAGACAGUCACGAGCAAAGCUUGAGGCUCAGAACAAACUUAUCAAAAGUCGUAAGCCAUAUCUUCAUGAGUCUCGGCACCGCCAUGCUUUGAAUAGGGUCAGGGGAUCCGGUGGCCGAUUUCUCAGCACCAAACAGCUUCCACAGUCCAAUGCAGAAUAUGUCACUGGUGCACAUUCUGGUUCUGACCCCACAAACAAUCCAUCAGAGGGGGAAAGCCAUUCCUCAAAAGCAGGAGAUAAUGCAUCUUCCAUCACAAGCUGCUCUGACCGGCCAUGUCUAUCCGGCAACAGUGUCAAUUUUCGGCAACCGGAGUGCAUUUUUCUGGGGAAUUCUGCAAACAUGGGUGGAGCACCACCGUGCAGUGGGGGACUCACCUUCGGCGGAACAAAGCAACGUGCUUCAGUUGUCCGGUGAGCGACAGAAGCGGCCAAAACCGACUUCAACGGUCAGGCAAAUCAUCCUUGGCUUAGUCACUUGUUUGUGUCUUCAUGUGUUCUUACAAAAUGGCCAUUUGAGGGGCUUUUCAAUCUGCGUUAGCACUAUGAGACAUUUCCUAUUGCUUUGCCAUGUAUUUUAAAGUUGCUAUUGCGUACACUGGAUUGGAACAGUCUUUGCAUGAAACUUGUAUGUUUGUGUGGUCCAUAUUUAAUUACUAUGGAAUGUCCUUGCUUUAAAAUAUGUGAUUUCCA